AUGGAGCAGAUGCCCAAACUGCAGCCUGUGGAGGACCCCAUGCUGGAGUGGCAUUCUCCCAAAGGAGAGAAGGAUGAAAAGGAGAAGCUGACAUGGAGUGACCGUAUACCUGGAUAUGCAGCAAACUUUGGAUUGAUUUUAUUUAUGAUUAUGCUGACGUUUUCAGCAGUGUUUGGUGUGAUUGUAUACCGAAUAACUACAGCAGCAGCUUUGUCAUUCAGCACAAAUGAGACAACAAGGUCAAAUGUUCGAGCGACUGUGACUGCAACUGCUGUCAUCAUUAACCUCGUUGUGAUACUUGUACUUGAUGAAAUUUAUGGAGCUGUUGCCAAAUGGCUGACAGAAAUUGAGGUACCAAAAACAGAGAAAACCUUUGAGGAGAGACUGAUUUUGAAGGCAUUCCUACUGAAGUUUGUGAAUUCUUAUGCACCAAUUUUUUAUGUGGCCUUUUUUAAAGGAAGAUUUGUUGGCCGUCCUGGUCAUUAUGUGUAUCUGUUUGAUGGUUAUCGAAUGGAAGAGUGUGCUCCAGGAGGCUGUUUGAUGGAACUCUGUAUUCAGCUGAGCAUCAUUAUGCUUGGAAAACAACUGAUUCAAAACAAUCUGUUUGAAAUUGGAAUCCCGAAGUUAAAGAAGCUCUUCAGGAAGCUCAAGGAUGAAAGAACUGAACCAAAGGAAAUAGACACCAACCAAUCAAAGGACCCUCAGCAAUGGGAUCUUGACUAUAUCUUGGAACCUUUCACUGGACUGGCUCCAGAAUACAUGGAAAUGAUUAUCCAGUUUGGCUUUGUCACACUCUUUGUUGCCUCCUUCCCUCUGGCACCUCUCUUUGCUCUUCUGAACAACAUCAUAGAAGUUCGGCUUGAUGCAAAAAAGUUUGUUACUGAACUGAGGAGGCCAGACACAGUAAGAGCAAAAGAUAUAGGUAUUUGGUAUAACAUUUUGAGUGGUAUUGGAAAGCUUUCAGUUAUCAUUAAUGCUUUUGUAAUUGCUGUCACAUCUGAUUUUGUUCCACGCCUUAUGUAUCAAUAUGCAUACAGUCAAAAUGGAACCAUGCAUGGCUUCAUCAAUCACACGCUCUCAUACUUCAAUGUCAGUCAUCUCAAGGCUGGAACACAGCCAGAAAAUUCCCCAUUUGCACAGGAUGUUUUAUUCUGCAGGUUCAAAGACUACAGAGAACCACCUUGGUCCCAAAAUCAGUAUGAGUUUUCUAAACAGUACUGGGCGGUCUUAUCGGCUCGCUUGGCUUUUGUGAUUCUAUUUCAGAACUUGGUGAUGUCCCUCAGUGUUCUGGUUGACUGGAUGAUUCCUGACAUCCCCAAGGACAUCAGUGAACAGAUCAAAAAGGAGAAGAGUGUGCUUGUUGACUUCUUCCUGAAGGAAGAGCAUGAAAAACUGAAGCUGAUUGAAAGCUUUAUUGCACACGACAAGCAGAAACACAAAAGUGGGACCAAAGGUGGAAGGAUCCGGGCUGCCAGCUCCUGCCAGUUUAACCGAAGUCAGAAAGGCAGCUUGGCCUCCUUUAGCUCACAGCACACAGAAGUGUGA